AUGCCUGUUUAUCGAUACCGCCCGCUAACUGAAGGUGAAAUUCGCCUCGUCCGACUUCCGGACAUAUCAUUCACGCCGUCCACGAUUACUCCGGAGGUUACUAUCAUCCACACUCGAUCGGAUACAGCGAAAGGACCCUUCGAAACACUGUCGUACGUCUGGGGCCCCAACCCUGAUAGACAGCGCAUCGCGUGCGGAGAUGGUAGCUUUCUCUGGGGAGGGACGAAUCUUGUCUCCGCUCUGGGUUUUCUAAUAUUACGGCAGAAGCGGGAGAUUACAUCGUCGGCUCUGUUCUGGAUUGAUGCUCUCUGUAUCUACCAGGAUGAUAAGGAGGAGAAAGAAGUGCAGGUGGCCGGAAUGAGACACAUUUACCAGUCAGCGAAACGUACUUUGGCAUAUCCCAGAGAGCCAGGGGAUGAUAGCCAUUUGGCCUUUGUGUAUUUCCACAAUGCAAGCGCAGCGAUUGCGCACGACUUCCGAACAAGACUCAGAUCCACCGACCUAGCCGCCGAAGUACGGAAGACGUAUUACUUGGCAGUGGACGACUCCAAAUUUAUGCAGUGGGCUAUCCAGCUUCGGAAAUCAAAAUUGUUUUUGGACUGUGUCCAUGCCUGUGCAUCACCAGACGAGAAGUUGUUCGGUCCAUUCCAACCAUACCGCACACGCAUCCUCACAGCCAUUGCAUCGCUACUAGCACGACCGUUCUUCCAGAGGAUAUGGAUAGUCCAAGAAAUGGCCGUUUCUACAGAGGUCGUGAUGGUUUGUGGUCAAGACCUCUGUCUACUCACCACUUUCCAGGCCCUUCUCGAAGCCUUUCGGGAAUCCAAGGUACGCUGGGAUGAUUUCGCGAAUGAGCCAACGAAGCUAGAGAUAUAUAAAGGAAUGACCCAGUUAUCUUCCGUCAACACCCUACGCAACGAUAGGAUGGAGGGUAAGGACGGCAAAAGCCUUUUGCUACUCAUGCAAGGCUGUAGGACUGGUCGAGCCACUUUAGCCGUCGACAAGAUCUAUGCUCUCCUUGGCCUGACCAGGGAGAGAUUCCCUGUGGAGUAUGAGAUGGGAAAUCUGCAAAGCGUUGAAUUCAAGGUAAAUGUAUAUCUCCGGCUGGCGAAGUAUUUCAUUGCUCGUCAUGAAGGCGAUAAUCUCUUGUAUGAGGCGGCAAGGUCCGAUCUUACCACAGCUGAUUGUCUGUCCUGGGUCCCCGACUGGGAGCAGUGCCCCAUCAGGACCAACAUAGGGCACACGAUGAGCAUGAUGACCAGGUGGUAUUUCGAUGCAUUCGGCCAUUUAAAGAGGAGGGAUCAAGAAACGCCUAGAAAAUCGGCGCCGGACUGCGAGAUGAAGCUCUCAACCAACAAUACUGAGCUCGUAACAGAGGGCGCCAUUCUUCAGAAAAUCCUGAUCGUUGGGAGCGCGUCUACGGGGUAA